AUGCUAAUCAAUACAGUAGACACGGCUGCAUCGAUGUGCGAAAAAUUAUUGAAAGAUAUGCCAUCGUAUAAUAGAUUAGAUACUUGUCAAAAUAUGCCAUGUUUUGAUAAAGAAAAAAGUUCGGCAGGAGGGGUUGUCAUUACAUUUCUUGGCGUCGAUGGGACUAUUAAUUUGCAAAAAGAAAUAGACGAUUUUUUUCAACCAAUUACAAAAUUCUGUGCAUCAAUAAAUUGUAAUUGCUCAAGAGAAGUGGUUACAAAACCAACCAAUCAUAAUAUAGUAGUGGAACUAUUGUCAAUACCAAAAGGUAAAUAA